ACUCACACUCAGGCCCUCCAUGACACCCACAAAAGUGAACCCAAGAACUGACCACUGAAUGACAAUCUAUAAACUCUGGGAAAGAGGGCAGACAACAGCCACUUUCUUCUCUGCCUUGACACAGAAGGCACCAGCAAUGAAGCUCCACACUGCAGCUGUCCUCGUCAUCCUCUGCCUUGGCAUCUUCACUGUGCUCACAGUGAAAGGAAGUGCUGGAAGUCAGUCCAUGCGCAAAUUCAAUUGUGUAAAGCUGCGUACAAAACAACUGAACAUCCAAAAUUUUGCAAAGUAUGAAAAGCACCAUAUGCCAAUAAGUGCCAUUGUGUUUAUCAAUAGAAACGGUGUCAGAAUCUGCGUAAGUGCUGAUCAGAAAUGGGUGCAGACUGCUAUGAAGAAAAUAGACCAAAGGUCGGCAUCAUCAAGGAAUGGUAUUUCCCAAUUUAGUGUUACCAGUGAAACACCGCAGAUCAGGCGUCAUUCACCAACUCCUCCUCCCCCUACUCCUUCGGUGGGAUGGAGAAGAGAACUGGAGACACAAAAGGUGGCAAGCCGAAAGGAAAUCCAUGACUUAAAAGAAGCUUCCAGUGUUAAUGAAACUUCACAGUCUGACCAUCCACAAGACUCCCAGACAGUUGCACUCCCAGCACUGAAGACAUUAACUAAUGGGACCAAAGCCCCUUCACGGCAGCUCCAGUGAGCCAACGGGUGCCCCUCUUGACUCUCUGCACAUCCCACCCACACCCACUCAGACCAGGUUUUUCUUUAAUGGUUCAAUCCCAGGUUUCCCACAGCAGUGUCAGAUACCUUGUUCCAUAAAGCAAUUUAUUCACAGCGCAGUAACACGGCAACAGCCCGAGCUGCCGCCUCCUAGGAGGAACCCCCUAACAAAGGACCCUCUGGUCUUUUACACCCUUGCAGUCUAUACCGAGGUGGUAGUGGAUCAAGGGUUGGACUUGAUGAUCUCAGAGAUCCCUUCCAACCCAGCUGAUUCUAUGAUUCUGUGAGGUGGAAAUACUGAUGAGACAUUAUGCAAUCCAAGAUUUGACACCACAAUGGAAUAUGGAAUGUUAUAUAAUGUCCCACGAUAAGGGGGCAGCUCUUUUCUAAUAGUUUUGCUGCUGUUUCAACUGAAUUAUUACAGGCUGGUGCUCCUGCUGCAACUGGAUCUAGCUCAACUGAAUAAUAUGCAAUUGGCUUCUGAUGGGGUCCUAAAUUCUGCAUUACUGCUCCACGAGCUAUUCCUUUACAUUUAUGUACAUACAGAUUAAAGGAUCUGGGAGCUCAAGAGCAGGAGCAGCAGACACUAAAGCUCCUUUUAUACCUUUAAAGCUUGAUCUCUCAUAUCUAGUCGG